AAUAGGAAGUUAAUGAAUGUACGUAUCUUAAUUACUGCAUACAUAUGGAUACCGAAAGAAAAUUAACUAACUGCUUAAACUUGAACCUAGCUUCUUUAGCUUUAAUGGCAUCAUCUUCUUCAAUCAACUUCAUUGAAACUGCACUUUCUUGCACAACCACAAAUUCACUUUCCUAUCCAGACCCAAAACAAAAGUGGCUUAUACGAAAACACCUUCUUUCCCUAAUCCAAAAUUACCCAACUUUCAGACCUUCCAUUAACACAUUCACUCACAACGACGGCACCACAGCAAACCUCCUACACGUCGCCGGAAACCUCCAUAUUUCCAAUUACAUCCCACCAGUACCCUUAACCAUCUGGCUUCAUGAAAGUUACCCUUAUAUGCCUCCUUUAGUUUUUGUCUCAUCAUCAAACUCCAUGUCUCCUAUUCAUAAAAACCACCCUUUUGUUGACUCUUCUUCUGGUUUUACUUCGUCACCUUAUCUCCAAACAUGGAAUUUCCCUCGUUGUAACCUAACUUGUCUCGUACGCAACAUAAUCAAUAUUUUUAAUAUUGAUCAUCCUCUCAUUCACAAUUCUUUUUCUUGCGUAAGUUUGACUAAUCCUCUUCUUGUAUCGAAAAUGGAAGCCCUCGAUCGCCUUUCGGGUAUGAUUCAUUAUGAUAUGAUCGAUUUAAUGGCAAAAAAUCAAGAAGAAAUGCAAGAAUUAUGUAAAUUAAGUGCGGAGUUGAUGAAAAGAGGAGAUAUAUUGAGAAAUACUAUUAUCGAUCUAGAAGAGAAGAAAUUGAUGCUUAAAGAUCGAGUAAUGAAGUUAAUGGAAGAAGGUGAUGUGUUAAUGAAUUGGUUGAGAGUUAAUGAUUUGAAAUCAAUUGUUGCAAUUGGAGGUGAAGAUGAUGCAUUUGAAGGUGUGGAUUAUGAAUCUAAAAUGGUGAUUGAUUGUUUGAGUGCUGAUAGAUGUAUUGAGGAUUUGAUAUAUGAAUUGGAUAAGGCAGUAGAGGAAGGUGUAAUGCCUUUUGAUUCAUAUAUCAAGCAAGUUAGGAUUUUAGCAAGAGAGCAGUUUUCUUAUAGAGCUACGCUCGUAAAUAGAGGCGAAGCCAAGAUUUAAAGGUAAGAGACCAAAUUAAUGGUACUUAAUAAUUUGCAAGCCUACUUAAAAUUGAAAGCUACUUAAUUUGCCUUAAUCAUAUGUCGUUUCGUUUCUCCUGUAACUUCUCCUUUUUAUAUGCAUAGGACAGAACCAUUUCUGUAUUGUCUGUGGAUGACGGCAAAUGUUCCCUUUGUUCCGUUUCAAUCUCCGUGAUAAAACGGAGGCAAUUAAAUUAUACAUAGAAAUACAUAACAAAU